AUGACUAGUCCCUCUAAGAGUACCAAGGAUUGGGAAAAAAUAUCCGACGAAAUGUUUGAAAGGACUGAGAAUGCCAACAAAGGGGUGAAUAAUGCCGAUGUGGAUUGGUUUCUUCGAGAUUCAAAUGUUUCACUUGCAGAUACGCCAGCGUUGUCUUUGUCCAAUAUUGGGGCGAAUGCUACCGAUGGCAAAGAAUUGAAACCACAGAUAGGAUCUCUGAUUCAUACAUCCUCAUCACCUUUACUCCCAGUUCUGAAUGCGCAUGAAACAAAUAUGAACAAGGCUAAGGCAUCAGUGUCUUCAAUUCUGGAGGAAGAGGCUCAUACCAAUACCAUCCAAGACUAUUCUAUAGAAGCUGGAUCACCAAGGCAUAACAAUAGAAAGAAUAGCGUGUCGAGUAUUGGGAGCGCCUCGAGUAUUGAUAGCUCAUCAAGCGCUGGUGGCUUCUUUUCAAAGUUGAAAAAUAGGCUUCAAAGAAGCGACUCUCUUGGCUCUACCCAGUCAUUUGUGGAUACUGCGAGUCUGUAUCAUCACAAAAAGCACUCUCAUCCAUUGAUACUGUCAAUGCCCGAAUCGAUGCCCAAUAACUGUGUAAGUGAUUCUUCUGCCGUUGAAUUCCGAGCGCCGGUAUCAAAUCCUGAUUCUGAAAUCGAUGACCCACAUCUACAAGAGUACAUCCAGUUCUUUCGCCAAGAUCAUAAAAGAAAUUCAUGUUUGAAACAUCAGUUGACAUAUAAGAAUACUCAACAGCUGAAACAUCCUGACCAUCACUGUGAUACACCGCACCAGCCCUCGAAGUUUUCCUCAUUUUUUCGAAAGAUGAGUGUUUCAUCCCACCCACAAAAACGUGAAGAGCCAAUACCGUCUGGUGAUUCUUCGCUUGAAUCCGUGACCAGCUCCGAUACACAUUGCGGUUCAGAGGAAUUUUUGCCCGAAUUGAGUAAUUUGAAACCUCUUAGACACGUUGCAUUCCACUCGCAAACCUUUCUCAUUGACCCUCCUCAGCAGAUUCCCUCUAGGAAUCCUAGAAAAGGUAAUGUAGAGAUAUUACCCUCAGGAGUUGUACGAAUAAAUCCUCUCACAGAAGCAGACAAGGUGGCCAUAGAAAAAUCCCUUAAAGGGCAGGGUGGCGGCCUAGUUGUGGGGGGGACAGGAGUUUUAGGACUUGCCGAAAAGGAUUCAGAGACUAUUGAAAUAGACAGCCACGAGUUCUCAUCGAAUGAAACCUCGAACAAUGAAGAAAAAGAUGUGAAAGUCGACGAGCACGCCAGAUCUUUAGGGAUCGAAAAACCAAUGAUGCAUCUGUCAAGAAAGACAGGUUAUACUGUGCCUGUGAAGAAGAUGCCAUUAGACUUGAUGUACACACGCUGUUGUCAUUUACGAGAAAUAUUAGCAGUUCCUGCAAUUUUGAAGCAAAUUCCACAAGGUUCGACUGCCCCCUUACCUAUAUUGCAGCUUAGAAAUCCAAACCCUACAAUGAUAGAGAUUCAGACAUUUGCCGACUUCAUACGAAUUGCUCCUAUAAUAUGGAUAUCUUUGGAUGGCGUGAGUCUCUCGAUCGAGCAAUUCAGUAUACUUUUGAGCGCAAUGUGCGCCAAAACACAGUUGGAAAAGUUGAGUUUGCGGAAUACACCAAUAGACACGAAAGGGUGGAUACUUCUUUGCUGGUUCUUGUCACGAAAUAGAGUGAUAAACAAAUUAGAUAUCACUCAGUGUCCACCUUUGUCUCUAAAUUUGUUAAAAAAGAAGAAAAAGCCCAACUUGGAUAGAAAUUCUUUUGCGAGAAUGAUAUGCAAUCGUGAAAAUAGGUCUGACAUGGAUUGGCCUUUGUUUACUGCUGCUCUCAUAGCAAGAGGGGGAAUUGAGGAAUUGAUUUUGACUGGUUGUUGCAUAACUGAUCUUUCAGUGUUCAAAUCACUCAUUUCGAAGGCAGUGACAAUAAGAACGUUCAAACUUGGAUUGGCAUACAAUCAAAUUUCUCCACAACAAUUAGAUUGUGUUCUUAAAUACUGGGUUUUUUCCGACAAUUGCAGGGGUUUAGAUCUUGGAUACAAUGAUCUCCUGUCUUCACGAUAUCUCAAGAUCUUCUUGAACCAUGGAAGGGUCGAAGGUGCUCGAACUAUGGUUUCCAAAUCACAAAUUUGGUUUUUGAGUUUGAACGCGACAAAUUUAAGAUUUGACAAGACUUUCCAAGAUUUUUUUGAAAAUUUUAUUGUUCAACUACCUAAGCUCAGGUACUUGGAUAUGUCGAAUAACCCAAAAUUGUUUGGAACGCAUCUAAUAUCAUUUCAACAUACAUCUAUGAUUUCUGGCAACGCUACUGGAUCAGAAUUCUCCUCCGAAAGUAUAAACACCUUUUUUUGUUCCAAACUUCCACGUUUCAAUAAUUUGGCACGGCUUCACUUGGAAAACAAUGAAAUAUCAUCACAAAAUUUGAAAUCCCUUUUCGAAAUAAUUCCAUUUUGCAAGAGCCUAAAUUAUCUUUCAAUUAUUGGAAACCAUCUAGAUAUAUAUUCCGCAACAUCACUUUUGCAAUGCUUGCGUUAUUCAACAUCUUUAAUCACCGUGGAUGCAGAUUACCUGGAUUUGCCAGAAAUAUUGAAAGAGAAAGUUGGCCUAUACUCGAUGCGAAAUAUGCACCAGAUUUUCAACCAAAAUAUAAACAAAGAGUGUAAUUCUGGCACUGGUACAACUGGAAGCAAUACUCUCACUACCUCACUUGCCGAUGAACUCAAUCAACUUCUCUCCAGAAGAACUGAAGAAAAAUUGGAUUUUGAAUCACCUGAGGUUAAAAAUGUUGUCAAGAAAAUUCAACAUCACAGAUCAGUAUUACAAGACGCAUUUGCUGACUUGUUUGACCUACAAUAUAGAAGAGAGUUGAGUGUGGAAGGAAAAGAGACUUUAAUCAAAUUGUUAUUCGUUGACUCUGCCUUGAAAUGGGCUUUAAAAUUGGUUGAUAGUUCUUUCAUCGAGAAGGAUGAAAGCCUUAGUUCAUCUGAUAUCAUCAACAUGAAUUCCGCAGAAAACGGAAGAAAUGAAACUAAAUCUUCAAUGUUGUCCAAAGCCCGAGAAUCCUUUCUGGUUGAGCAAACAGCAUUAUCUCCAGUAGACCUGGGUUCACUUCAAGUUUCGAGACAGCAGUCUUUGACAAAUUUGGCCAGCCUUAACAAAGAAGAAGGUUCUGCUAUGAAACUUCUGCGAAUAGGGGAUCAGGCUAUUUUCCAGGAUCUAAAUUCUGCCUCUGGGGAGCAAAUAAGACAAAAGCUUCUUAGCGCUAACCUUUCUGAUCUUGACACUGUCAUUGAUAAUAUUUCGAAAGCGCGAGACAAGGGCAUAGCGAUGAAGGAGAUUUUCAAUACUAGUAUUAACAAGAAAUUGGAUGCUGAAGCUUCGGACGAUACGAAGCAGGUACUUGAUAAACCCACUCCGGGUGCAAGUACUAAUACCCCAACUGAAAAUAUGAAAUUGUUAAACAAUGUGUCAUCAGGCAGUGCGGGUGAAGAGCUAUCCAUAAAUGAAACGUAUGACGAGAUCUUGCGUGAAUUCAACAAAUAG